GGUGGGGGGAAAGGGUCCUUGCGGUGGAUCUCUCUGGAACGUUUUCCGUCGGUUCCGGGCUUUCCACAUCCACGUCAUGUCCCUCGGCGUGCGGGCUCUGGUCGAUUACUCGGGUCGCUGCUGUCCUCCGGAGCCCGCCGCUCGCUCGCGCGCCGGAAAGUCUUCGUGCGUCGGCGGGCCGGGCAACUGAAGAAGAUGUCGGGGCCUGUGGAUCCGGACGAGCCUUACGAUUUCCUCUUCAAGAUCGUUCUGAUUGGAGACGCCGGCGUCGGCAAGACCUGCGUCGUGCAGCGGUUCAAGUCGGGCAUUUUCGUGGAGAAGCAAGGCAACACGAUCGGGGUGGACUUCACAAUGAAAACCUUAGAAAUCCAAGGCAAGCGGGUGAAAUUGCAGAUAUGGGACACAGCUGGACAAGAACGUUUUAGGACCAUUACACAGAGUUAUUAUCGAAGUGCUAAUGGUGCAAUUGUUGCUUAUGACAUUAGCAAAAGGGGAUCUUUUGAAUCUGUGCCUCGGUGGAUAGAAGAUGUGAAGAAGUAUGCGGGUUCAAACAUUGUGCAAUUAUUAAUUGGUAAUAAGUCCGAUAAGAAUCAUGCCCGGGAGGUUCAAUAUGAAGAAGCCAAAACUCUUGCAGUUCACUAUGAUAUGGCAUCUGUACUAGAGACGUCUGCCAAAGAUUCCAGCAACGUGGAAGAAGCUUUUAUAAAAAUGGCUACAGAGCUAAUGCUGAGACAUGCUGGGCCUAUGUUCACUGAAAAAGCAAGCGAAAGUAUCAAAUUAAACAGCAAAGAUGUCGGUGAAGGAUGGGGAUGUAGUUGCUGACUUUGCAGGUUAAUUUUAUUAGCUUUUGCAUCAUCUCGUCUUAAGGUAGACUGAUCAAUCACAAAUGUGAUUUAAGUCACUUGGCUCGGCCUAAGUUAUGUUUGUGGUGAGUUUGUGCACAGAAUCUGUGCAGACUGUUGUGAACCGUAUCCAUUCCUCCAAUUUGAAAAUGAUGACAGUAAACCUGUUCUUGCGGGUCAUGAAAUCUUGACAUUCCAGGUUCCUUGACAUUCCAAUAAGAAUCAUAGUAGUCACAUUGCCUUAACUACUGAUAUUGAAGAACUCUGUUUCUCUAACAACCCUUUUCUUAUUAAAUUUAUGACUGAACAGAGUAUUUUGCAGAGAAGACAUGAUCAUUUCAAAAAUGGAAGUAAUAAGUUGAAAUUGGAGAUGAUACGUAGGACUGCUUUUUUUUGAUUAAAAAUUACUUUUAUGGUGGGGAAGAGUGGAAGUAAUGAAUAAUUAGCUAGUUUUCUUCUGCAUAUCCAUGGUUGCCUUACAAAUUAAAUUCAUGCAUUCCAACCACUUUUCUUUUAGUCUCACUAUAUAUUUUCAGAAUCCUGGCAGUCCUACGUAUUGCUCUUUAAAAUCUGAGUUCAUACAUUACUUUGGGGUAUAGAGUAUUUGACUUAUUUCAAUAGUUGAUGAUUUAAACUGAAACUUGAAUCAAAUGCAUACAUGUAGUAAUUAAUCUUGAAGGUGAAUGUGCCGUAUUGCUUUUCUGUAGUGGUCCACAACUGUUCCAGGUAUAAGACAAUUCUCACUGGUAAUUGGUCAAAAUGCUGACAGUUCAGAAAAUACAUUGGUUAGCCUAGCAACAGAUAAUUACAACUCUGGGGGUUGUUUGGUACUGCAUGUAAUUUACAUCUAGGAUCAAUACUAGCCUUAUUAUUGAUUCAAAGCCUGUUUUGGUGAGAACAAAGCAUCUGACAGCAAGCAGUACUAUUGUGACAUUUGCGCUGCAUUUGCAAAAUGCUGGCAGGGAAAAUCUAUCCUAGAAAAUGCAUUGUGCACUUUACUUUUUUUAAAAGAAAAAGCAGGGUCCAGAAUAACAACAGCAUAAACUGGUUAUGAAGUUGUUUCUCUGUAAUCGUGAUUAUUGGAGAAUAGACUGUAUUACCUAACAUGUUCCCAGAGCUAGCAUUGAUUUCAUUGAAACCAAUGACGUUACUCAUUUUAGAUCAACAUCAACACUUCAAUAUUCCAGCUAAAAAAAAUGGAAUAAGCCAGAACAUAUUUACAAGAUUCUUAUUUACAAGGUGUAGGGUUGGAGGUAGUUAACACAAUGUUAUUUUAUGGAAGGGGACUAAAGAAAACUUUUGUGCUUUGGAUGAAAUAAUGAACGAAGUGCAUCUAUUUUAAUAACCAGGUAAGGGGAUAGUGCCUACAGUAUGUAAAUCUAUACGGAAGACUUUUGCACAUUUUGCUUUACUAAAAUCUAGUGUAUUAAUUCCAGGUUGAUUGUAUAUAGUCAGUUAUUAUUCCUAUUUUUACUUGCGUACAUGAUUCAAAAAGGGUGAUUGUUAACUAACUGCACAAUGUCUUUUCAAUUUCAGCCUAAACUACUAGCACAAUGUCUUUCUGUCAUAACUUUCUUUUAGUCAUUCGGAGAUGAGGACAUCACUGGCUGGGCUAGCAUUUAUUGCCCAUCCCCAAUGGAUACAGUAGUGAUCCUCUAGAAAAUGCCCCAGCCUAUUUUGUAGCCAACUCCUUGGGUUAAGGGGGUUAGUCAAAAUGAUCAUUUAUGGAAAGUGAAAAUGUGAAUCCAAUAUAGGUUACAUUUCUAAAAUAGUGGUGCUUAUAUUUGGGCAGAGUCCUCCUUACUAACAUCUGGGGGCUAAUACAAAAUUAGGAGAGCUAUCUCAAGCCUGACAUAGUCAUACUUAUGGAAUCAUACUUUACAUAAAAUGUCCCACAUAUUAGCAUUACUAUCCCUGGGUAUGUCCUGUCCCACCUGUCCACUCCUGCCCUGGGUGUCCUCAACAUUAAGGACCACAUUAAGUCUCAUGAUGUUUAGUCAGACAUGGACAAGGAAAUCUCCUGAUUUGCCAUAUGCAACCUGCCCAUGGUUUAUUAGCUUAGAUUAGAUUCUCUACAGUGUGAAAACAGGCCUUUCGGCCCAACAAGUCCACACCGCCCCUCCGAAGAGUAACCCACCCAAACCCAUUUCCCCUAUCCUAUAUUUACCCCUGACUAACGCACCUAACAUCGUGGGCAAUUUAGCAUAGAAAUUCACCUGACCUGCACAUCUUUGGCUUGUGGGAGGAAAGCGGAGCACCCGGAGAAAACCCAUGCAAACACUGGAAGAAUGUGCAAACUCCACACAGACAGGUGGGAAUCGAACCCAGGUCACUGGUGUUGUGAGGCAGCAGUGCUAACCACUGAGUUGAUGAACCAGUGCUCCUGUAUGCUGAACACCUCUUGUAGAAAACAAGGGUGCGGAAUAUUCUCUGAAUGAGGACUUUGGUAUUCACCACCAGGAGGGACUCAGCAACACAACUUCUUAUUGAGCUGGUUGGGUUUCCUCCAGGUGCUCCGGUUUCCUCCCACAGUCCAAAAAUGUGCAGGUUAGGUGAAUUGACCAUGCUAAAUUGCCCGUAGUAUUAGGUGAAGGGAUAAAGGUAGGGGUAUGGGUAGGUUGCGCUUCGGCGGGGUCGGUGCAGUCUUGUUGGGCCGAAGGGCCUGUUUCCACACUGUAAGUAAUCUAAUCUAAAAAGGACUUAGCUAUUAGAUUGGAAAUGUGGUAGCUGGUGAGGGGGCUAACAAGAGGUAAAGGCAUACAUUUCCUCAUCCUGAGCAAUCUCCCAGUCACAGAUUCAUGUGUCCAUGAUAGUAUCGGUAAGAGUAACCCCUGCAUAAUCCUUGUGGGGAAGAAAAUCUUCCGUCAUAUUGAUAAUACCUUAAAGCAUGUUGGGUGGCUGAAUGGGAUGAUUUUAAACAAGCUACUCCGCUACUGGCAUCAUUACAGUCUUGGUUCAAAGAUAGAAAAAAGGGCUGAAUUCUAGAGGUGAGGUGAGACUGACCUUGAUGUCAAAGCAUCAAUUGACUGAGUGCAGCAUCAAAGGGCCCUAGCAAAAUUGGAGUCAAUGCAUAUUAGGGUGAAAUCUCUCCACUGAUUGGAGUCACAUUUUACAGAAUUAUUGGAGGUCAGUCAUCUCAGCUGCAAGACAUCUCAGCAGGAGUUCCUCAGGGUAGGGCCUAAGAGUAGUGUCCUAGAUCCAACCAUUUUCAGCUACUUCAUCAAUGACAUCCCCUUAUCAUAAGAUCAUAAGUGAAUGUUCACCAAUAAUAGCACAAAAUUCAGCACCAUUGGUGAUGACUCCAGAUACAAAAGCAGUUUGUGUCCAACUGCAGCAAGAUCUGAACAAUAUCCAAGCAUGAGCUGAAAAGUAGCAGUAACAUUUGCAUCACAAAUGCCAGUUAAUCGCCAUCUCCACUAAGAGAAUUGAACUAUUAUCCCAUUGCAUUGAACGGUGUUACCACUUCUCCACUAUCAACUACCUGGGGAUUACCAUUGAUCAAGAAGUGGACUAGCCAUAUAAAUACGAUGGCUACAAAAGUAAAUUACACUUAGGAAUUCUGCAGUUGGUAAUUCACCACCUGUCUCCCCAAAGUCUGAACACCAUUUGCAAGGCACAGUCUGUUCCCCACUUGCAGAUGAAUGCAGCUCCAACAACACUCAAGGAGCUCACACCAUCCAGGCCAAAUCCGCUCACUUUAUUGUCCCCACAUUCACAAAUAUCUACUCCUUCCACCACCCAUGUUCACCAGCAGUGUACUACCUGCAGAAAUUUACCAGGCUCCUUAAAUAGCACUUCCUAUGGCCACCAUUGUCUAGAAAAGCAAUGGCAGAGAUACAUAGGAUGACACCUGCAAGUUCCCCUCCAAGCCACUGGCCAUCCUGGCUUGGAAUUAUAUUGUCAUUCCUUCACUGUUGAUAACCCUGGAAUUCCUAUUAUAAUUGCAAGGUUGGGUGGGGAGUGAAAGUACCUACACCAGAUGAGCAAGUGGUUCAAGAAGGUAGCUUACUAGGGACAGGCAUUAAAUGCUGGCCAUUUAGCGACACUCACAUCCCAUGAGUGAAUUAGAAAAAUAAAGUAUUAUUUCAUCUGGUUUGACCUGACAUUGCUUCAUGGACCGCUUUUAAGCCCAAAGAGGAGUGGUUAGGAUUCUCACCACCACCACAUGUUUUAAGUUGCUUUUUUUAAAAAAAAACAGUUUUAACUGCUGAGACUUAUUUUGAAUGUUACUAGUUAGUUGCUUACUUCCAUUGGCUCAAAUGCAAGAGAGCAAAAGGCCUGGCGUUGUUCACCAGCAAUAAGACAAUGUUGUUUAUGGGUAAGUAAUUGUUGGAUGAAGGAUGGUAUUUUACAGUCUGACAUGUGGAGACAAAAUCAAACUUAAAAGGCCAAAGCAUUCCUUAAUUGCUCAAGUGGAGCACACUUGCAUCUCCUGGCCAAACAAACAAGUUUGUUCACUUGUCUCGCUGGCUUCCCAAUAGCAAAUGACAGUGGAGAGUUACAUUUCUACCAGAAUUCAGUGGGAGUCUCAAUUAAUCACUGCCAAAAUUCAUGGCAUUAAAAUGGAGUUUUGUUGGAAACAGAUUGACUCAAUUUUAACUGCUGUUCCACUCUUUUUUUUCAUUGAUUGGGGAAGAAUUAAAAUUCCUCCUUGAAUGUGCAAAGUAGAAAAAAACACUUUAUUCCUCAGUGGACAUCCACCACCCAAAUGGUCACAAGAUAUAUUCAGAAAGUAUAAAUUGCAAUCCAACUCAGAUAAAUUUGUAUUACGUUGAAUGGAUACGGAAUUUCUGGAGCAUUUAAUAGGAUAACUAGAACAAUUUAAUGAAAAUGCACUCAUGUUGCACUUGAACUUCAUUAAAGUCAUCCUUUUGGAAUCACUUUUGCAUUUGUAGACUGGUAGUGUCUGGAAUUUGGAUAUAUUUUCUAAUACUUGUAAAAUUUUAAAGGAAAUGCUAGUUAGUUAAGGUUUUCAAUGCAAGUUAAUGCACAUUAAUAAUGCUAAUGUACUGUUAUUUAGACAGUGAUGUAUAUUUACAUAAGUCAUUAGUCCAUUGAGAUAUUCUGUAAAAGAUGUGCUUAGUUGCCAAAUUGAGCUGAUUACCACUAAUGACAUUACCAUAAUAUCUCACCUCAAAGAACUUGUGUUCUGGACACUUUAUUUAUAGGCUAUUACUUUCCUCAUUCGCACUUCAUUAUGUUGGUCAUCCAUUACUGUCAUAAUUAGUAUGCUUUUUCCCCCAGUUAACCCAAGUUCAUAACUUCUUAAGUUCAGGUUAUUAAAUUGUGUAAUGUUUUGUGACCAAGUUGUUAGAAUGUACUCCAGGCAGUAUAGUCAGUGUAGCAUUCAGCAAUACGCAUUUUGUUUGUCAACUUUAUAUUUGCUUAAGUUUUUAAAUUUCUCUCUGUUGAAUUGUCUGAGUUUUCUGUUGACUGUUUACUGAUCAUCGCUUGGGUUUUCUUUUAGAAUGAUGAGAUUUAUAUAUUGUUCAGCAUAUAAAGUUCUUACUUUUAAUUCUUUAACAUGGAUCAGGUAAAAGUUAGCAUUAACUAACUUCAGUUCAUAACUUUUCAGAAUAUAUUCCUUUAUGACCUGUCCAUGUAUCAUAAUGGGUUUAUAAAAACUGUUAAAAAUUUGUAAGCUGUAUGAGAAAUAUGCCUUGGAUGAAUAUUAAGGUGGCAACAAUCAAACAUAAUGAGCAUGUAACUCAAGCCUGGUUGCAAGCUGGUUCUUAUAUUAUUCAAAAUGCACACCAAAUAUUCCAAUUCUGCACUUUAUUACCGAUGAACAAGAACAUGGAUGUAAGGGCUAAACACAUCAUAAUCAAUCAGAUGAUAGAUAUCAACUAGUCUCUGUAUUUACAUUUUACAGUUCUUCAUUGUUUAUUUUAGUAUGAGAAAGGUUUGUAUAAAAUUUAAAUUCAAUUAGAUUUUAAUCUGCUUAAUUUUAUAAUAUUUUGGAUAUUAUGCCUUUAUCUGCCCUUGAACUCAAGUUAUUCCAUGGGGUUCCUCUGCUAGGUUACACAGCAAGUUAGCUGAGCAUGUUAUCUGAUGUUUUAGAGAGAGUUUAUGCUGAAUUGCUUAAUUCAACCUGGAUAAGGGUCAGAAUACCGCAGUUGUUUGCAACACCUCAUAAGCAGAUAGAGUGGAAAAGCAUCUGAUUGGCAUCCAGAAACCCAUUUUGGAAAUGUGUAUGCUGGAUUGAGUUGAGUGGUGAUGUGCUCAUAAUAUUUAUGACCCAUGAAUUAUAGUCCAAAGGCAUGAGAGAAAUUGCAGUGCUAGUGGAGCUGUACUUUGACAUUGUCAACAACAUUGAGAAGGGAGAGUGGAAAGAAAAUUGGUAAGGAAAUAUUUCCAAAAACAUUGUUCAAAGUACUUGUAAAAAUAAUUUAUUUCAGGACAUUGCAAUAAUUUCUUAUGUCAGAACAAUACUUUUAGUACAUCAGUAUAUAAGAUAACAAGGUUUGCUCUUCUAAAAGAGUUUAAAAGUUCUGUCUAAAAUACACAGUUGGAUAAUGUUGUGAGUUUCAUUUUACAGAAUUAUAAGUUGCAUUUUAUACAGCUCUGUUCCAAAUGCUGAUCAGGAAUAAACUCAGUUUAUUGUUAAAACUAAAUCUUAUCUCUCUACAAGUUAACAUGUCAGCUGAUUUUGGAUAUACUUUUCAGAAGACAACUGAGUAACAGAAACAUCAACAGCUAACUGAUCGUCUAUCAAACAGGCUUUAAUAAAUGUGAAAUGAUUUUAGUUAAUAAUGAGCAUGCACUGCCUCAUAGCGAACCAUAAGGAUCUAUAAAUUCUCAAACUGGAAAAUGUUUAGGGUAUUGAUAUGACUUGAGAGGAGCCAGUGAGGCAUGAGACUCUGUUGCCUAAGCCAGAUCACUUGAAACAGGUAUAUUCUUCUCUCCUUCUGUUUAAUAUCCAUUUUAUCUUGCUGUUCCUUAUUGUGUAUUGCUUACUUGUGGAAAAAAUGGAACGAAUAAUUUGGUGUAACUAGAUCAAUAGAUUUGAGACAAUAAAGGAUUCAGAUUCA